AUGUAUCAGUAUAGAUCUGGUUACCACAACCAACACCCGGUGAUAAUGUGGUUCUGGGCCGCCAUGGAGCGAUUCAGCAACGAGCAGAGACUUCGGCUGCUGCAGUUUGUGACGGGGACGUCGAGUGUGCCCUACGAGGGCUUCGCGGCACUCAGGGGGUCCACCGGGCCCCGCAAGUUUUGUGUCGAGAAGUGGGGCAAGCCUAACAGUCUGCCAAGGGCCCAUACCUGUUUCAACCGCCUGGAUCUACCACCCUACCCUACUCCGGAUAUUCUCUACGAGAAACUACUUCUGGCAGUUGAAGAAACAAACACCUUUGGCAUUGAGUAAGAGGUAAAACAUCGACGAAAUCUCCCUAUUUAUCGUACAAACCUCGUACUAUUCAGUAUAUUUUUGGCUCCAAAUCACUGUGGCUAAGUAACUUACCCUCGGGGCUGCCCUCGGAUGGGUGUUCGCUUGCACGAGGCUCUUUAUGUCUCGUACAAACCUUGUACUAUUCAGUAUAUUUUUGGCUCCAAAUCACCGUAGUCAAGUCACGUACCCUCGGGGCUGCCCUCGGAUGGGUGUUCGCUUGCAAAGGGCUCUUUAUGUCUCGUACAUACCUCAUAACAUCAUAGAGAAAAGGUAGCAUAAGAAGAUAUGCCACGGUUUGUAGAAUUCAUUCAAAGGUUGGAAGUUUUGUAUCAAAUCAUGGUGUUGUGUAUCAAGUUGAGAU